AUGGGUAAAUUGUCGCCAUUUUAUUUUAUAUUCUCCUCCUCCUCCUUCUUCUUCUUCUUCAUCUUCUUCUUCUCUUCUUCCUCAUCUUUUUUCCUUCUUGUUGUCUUCCGCUUCGUCGUUGUCGUCCCCCCUCCUCAUCCUUCUUCUUCUUCUUCUUCUUCUUCUUCUUCUUCUUUUUCUUCUUCUUCUUCUUCUUCUUCUCGUCAUCCACCACCUCUUUCUUCUUCUUCUUAUUCUUAUCCUCCUCCUCCUCCUCCUCCUCCACCUCCUCCUCAUUCUUCUUCUUCUUGUGCUGUUUUGUUUCUAUCUACGUUUCUUUUCUGUCUGUCUGUUUAUCUAUCUAUCUAUCUAUCUAUCUAUCUAUCUAUCUAUCUAUCUAUCUAUCUAUCUAUCUAUCUAUCUAAGUUUCUUUCUGUCUAUAUAAAGUUUGUUUGUUUCUAUCUAUCUAUCUAUCUAUCUAUCUAUCUAUCUAUCUAUUUUGACUCUUUCUUUCUAUCUAUCUAUCUAUCUAUCUAUCUAUCUAUCUAUCUAUCUAUGUUUGUUUCUAUCUACGUUUCUUUUCUUUUGUUUCUAUCUAUCUAUCUAUCUAUCUAUGUUUGUUUCUAUUUACGUUUCUUUUCUGUCUGUCUGUUUAUCUAUCUAUCUUCUUUCUGUCUAUAUAAAGUUAGUUUGUUUCUAUCUAUCUAUCUAUCUAAGUUUCUUUCUGUCUAUAUAAAGUUUGUUUCUAUCUAUCUAUCUAUCUAUCUAUCUAUCUAUCUAUGUUUGUUUCUAUCUACAUUUCUUUUCUUUCUGUCUGUUUAUCUAUCUAUCUUCUUUCUUUUUUUCUAUCUAUCUAUCUAUCUAUCUAUCUAUCUAUCUAUCUAUCUAUCUAUCUAUUAUGUUUCUAUCUACGUAUUUUUAUCUAUCUAUCUAUCUAUCUAUCUAUCUAUCUAUCUAUCUAUCUAUCUGCAACCUGAGGUGACAAGACUUUCGGACCACUAUCUAUCUAUCUAUCUAUCUAUCUAUCUAUCUAUCUAUCUAUCUAUCUAUCUAUCUCAGUCUGUUUAUAAUCUAUCUAUCUAUCUAUCUAUUCAUCUAUCUCAGUUUGUUUAUAAUCUAUCUAUCUAUCUAUCUAUCUAUCUAUCUAUCUCAUCUGUUUAUAAUCUAUCUAUCUAUCUAUCUAUCUAUCUAUCUAUCUAUCUCAGUCUGUUUAUAAUCUAUCUAUCUAUCUAUCUAUCUAUCUAUCUAUCUAUCUAUCUAUGCCAUUGCAAUGUAUAUAUCUAUCUGUCGCAAUUUGUUCAUUAUCUAUCUAUCUAUCUAUUUAUCUAUCUAUCUAUCUGUUACAGAAUCGCUCUAGAAAAAAUAAGGAAUAUUCACACAUUUCUUCGAAAACGCAAACAAAAUCUGUCUGACGGUAUUUUAAUCAAUCAAUCAAUCUAUCUAUCUAUCUAUCUAUCUAUCUAUCUAUCUAUCUAUCUAUCUAUCUAUCUGUAUCUAUCUAUACCGGAUGCGAUGAAAUGUUCACAUAUUUCUUCGAAAAUGCAAAAAAAAUCUAUCUGCCUGUAUUUUAUUCUGCCCUUCUAUCUAUCUAUCUAUCUAUCUAUCUAUCUAUCUAUCUAUUUCAGUCUGUUCAUAUCUAUCUAUACAGGUCUGUUUUUAUCUAUCUAUCUAUCUAUCUAUCUAUCUAUCUAUCUAUCUAUCUAUCUAUCUGAAUAUGUUCAUAUCUAUCUAUCUAUCUAUCUAUCUAUCUAUCUAUCUAUCUCCGUUUAUACAAACAUAUAUACCUAUAUCAGUCUAUUCAAAUCCAUCUAUAUUUCUGUAUAUAUCUAUAUCUUUUUGUAUCUGUUUAUUUAUUUUCUAUCUCAAACUGUUAUCAUCUAUCUCACCCUGUUAUUAUCUAUCUAUCUAUCUAUCUAUCUAUCUAUCUAUCUAUCUAUCUAUCUAUCUCCGUUUAUACAAACAUAUAUACCUAUAUCAGUCUAUUCAAAUCCAUCUAUAUUUCUGUAUAUAUCUUUUUGUAUCUGUUUAUUUAUUUUCUAUCUCAAACUGUUAUCAUCUAUCUAUCUCAAACUGUUAUUAUCUAUCUAUCUAUCUAUCUAUCUAUCUAUCUAUCUAUCUGAAUAUGUUCAUAUCUAUCUAUCUAUCUAUCUAUCUAUCUAUCUAUCUGAAUAUGUUCAUAUCUAUCUAUCUAUCUAUCUAUCUAUCUAUCUGUCUGUCUGUCUGUCUGCCUGUCUAUCUAUCUAUCUGAAUGAUAGUGGGUCUAAUGGAGAGGGGUUCGGAAUGAGAGAUUAG